AUGGAGAUGGACCCCGUGAAUGCGCUCCUGAAGCGCGCCGCCGACCCUUGUGAUCCCGGUAAUGAGUUUGAUGGCCGCAUCGGUCUCCGCAUUUCCUCCAUCUUCGUCAUUAUGGUUGGAUCCAUGUUCGGUGCUAUUUUCCCCGUCUUUGCUCGGCAGUUUGGUGGGAAAGGUGGAGUGCCUGGAUGGGCAUUCUUCAUCGCAAAGUACUUUGGAUCAGGUGUCAUCAUCGCAACUGCUUUCAUCCACCUUCUUGCUCCCGCGGAGGAGGCCCUCACCAACUCUUGUUUGACUGGCCCCAUCACCGAAUACAGCUGGGUUGAGGGUAUCAUCCUGAUGACCAUCAUCGUUCUGUUCUUUGUCGAGCUGAUGGUCAUGCGAUUCUCCCACUUUGGCUCUGGUCACGGCCACUCCCACGACGAGGAAGGACAGGCCCACUCUCACAUCGGCACCGCCGAGCCCAUGGUCGAGGAACUGCAUCCCAGCAAGAGUCACCACAUGCCCGGUGAAGACCACCUGGGCCACUCCCGCGAGCACCAUGAUUCUGACGACUCUGAGAAAGAUGCCGGCGUGAGUGAGGACUAUGCGGCCCAGUUGACCUCCAUCUUCAUUCUGGAGUUUGGCAUCAUCUUCCAUUCCGUUUUCAUCGGUCUCACCCUGGCUGUGUCCGGUGCCGAGUUUACCACUCUGUACAUCGUCCUGGUCUUCCAUCAGACCUUCGAAGGCCUGGGUCUAGGCUCCCGACUGGCUCUCAUUCCUUGGCCCAAAUCCAAGCGUCUCACACCUUACUUCCUGGGACUGGCCUUUGGUAUCUCGACCCCAAUUGCCAUUGCUAUCGGUCUAGGUGUCCGCAACAGCUACCCGCCGACGGGACGAACCACGCUCAUUGUCAACGGCGUGUUCGACUCCAUCUCUGCCGGCAUUCUCAUCUACACCGCACUAGUCGAGCUGAUGGCGCACGAGUUCAUGUUCAGCAGCUCCAUGCGCAAAGCUCCUAUCCGCCAGGUGCUGGCCGCGUUCACCCUGCUGUGUAUGGGCGCUGCCUUGAUGGCUCUGCUGGGCAAAUGGGCCUAA